CAGCUUCCUCUGCCCUUCCUGCUUGUUUCCACCGCUGCAGUGACAGACGAAAACAAAAUGCGAUAGUCUAACUUCACCCAUGAGCUGUGAUAAAUGACAGCCUCAUUGCCGAGCCCCGGUUCAUUUCACUGGCCGAUAAUUUAAUGCCAUUUCUCUGGACGGGAGGCGUGUAACAGAAAAGCAAACAUGCAGUUCUCUCCAACCAACGGAGAUUUCACGUUCGUCUCUUCGACAGAGGCUGAAGAGCUCAGCGGCACCAUCAGCGCCCCGGACGUUAAACUGAGCAUGGGCAGUGACGGCGGUAAAGACCCGUACGCCACCACCUUCCUGAGGCAACGAGGCUACGGCUGGCUGCUGGAGGUGGAGGAGGAGGACAGUGAAGAGAACAAACCUCUUCUGGAGGAGCUGGACAUUGACCUGAAGGACAUCUAUUACAAGAUUCGAUGUGUGCUGAUGCCAAUGCCAUCACUGGGUUACAAUCGGCAGGUGGUCAGAGACAACCCGGACUUCUGGGGCCCUCUGGCCGUGGUGCUGCUCUUCUCCAUGAUCUCCAUCUAUGGACAGUUUAGGGUUGUGUCCUGGAUCGUCACCAUCUGGAUAUUCGGAUCUCUAACCAUAUUCCUGCUGGCUCGUGUUCUCGGUGGUGAGGUUUCUUAUGGCCAGGUUCUUGGAGUGAUUGGAUAUUCCCUCCUUCCUCUCAUCGUCAUAGCUCCUCUGCUCUUAGUGAUUGGAGGGUUCGAGGUUGUUUCUACACUAAUCAAACUGUUCGGAGUGUUCUGGGCUGCAUACAGUGCUGCUUCGCUGCUCGUCGGAGAUGAAUUUAAAACAAAGAAGCCCCUUCUCAUAUACCCCAUUUUUCUUUUGUAUAUCUACUUCCUAUCACUAUAUACUGGUGUGUGACUGAAGGUACUGGAACUGUGGACCUUCUCAAGGACCGUGGAGCAUGGGGGGGAGAAUCAAACGACAAAACCAGGAUUUUUUUUAAAAAGGUGUUUAUUUCUUUUUCAGGCCAUGGGAGUCUUGGGAAUAUAUAUCAAUGUAUAUAGUUUUGUCCCUUAUGUCUUUGGUCAAUAAAAUGCAUAUGCUUUUGCAGCUUCAACUUCAGUAUGCAGACUUCUCGUUCACCAGUGCAGUGCAGUCCCCAUAGCCCUGCAGUAGUUGUAGUUCCUGAAGCUGGAAAUGGAUUGGAUCUUUAUGUCAUGAUUUUAGAAGUCUUACCAAUACUGAAGAAUGUGGUGCCAAAUAUGUGUGUAUAUGUUCAUGCUGAAGAGAGAAUUUGACAAAAGAGAGAGCACCACAACACAGUAAUGUUCCUUGUUAUGCACUGUAAUGUACUAUGAGAAAUGUCCUUUAUGCUUUUCGGUUUUUACAGACAGCGGGUUAACUGGGGGCAGUUAGUGAUAUAAAGCAUUGUCUACUAAAUGUGGUGCCUUGUUCUCCCACCACCGAGUCCUGUUUGUCAGCUUUAUAACACAGGAAUAUAAUCAUUUGAACAAUACUUACAGUAAAUUAAUAGAGUAAUUUGUCACUUAA